AUGGGAGCCUGGACGGUGAGCCUGGCAAACCCGACAAAGUGGUUGGUGGUUCUGUUUUGCCGUAGCAUACCCACCGUGGUCGCCAUCGGAACGCAGAUGCGCACCAACAUUUCCUCGGAGUCUGCCACUUCCUGGACGUUGCUGCUCAGCUCUACCUUGGGUAAUACUAACAUCGGUGACUUCUCCUGGGGCUCCACGUACGGAAGCGAGAGCAGCUACACUUGGUCGGACUAUCGGAUCGGAUACACUGGGUCGCAGCUCCAGAGUAUCGGCAUGACUGGUAUGCGCAUCACUACCGCAUCUGGAUAUGCAGUUGAGCACUACUGGACCUUGAGUACCUCGGGUUUCGACAACACGUGCACGAGCUGCAAUUGCGGCGGCAACAGCCUCGGAAGCAACUACUACUGGCACGGUGGACGCGGCGGAUGCUAUGGCUCGUCGCACUUCGGGCUCAAGAGGGAGGCCGACGUGCACAGCGCGUGCAACGCUGGGGGUUGGGAAUACGGCAACGCCUGGGGCCACUUCCACCGCACGCACGUGAACACGGGCGUCUACUUCUUCGGCGACAGCUGCAUCAACGAGAAUGAGUGGGGGGAGCGGUACUACUUCUGGGGCGCCCUUACGCUUUGGCAGGUCCGAUACCGGACGCGCAGAGCCCCCCAGAUCUUCCAGCUCGGCGGGUCGAUGUCCCGCGAUGGCCGCCUCGGCACGGCGACAAGGGCGCCGCCCGAGGCGGGCGCGUCGGGCCCGCUCGUCGCUACCGCCCGCGCGGCUGUGCGCGCGGAGCUGGGCGAGCUGGCGGCGGCCCUGGUAGGCCUGGAGCGGCCCGAUGGUCACCCCGCGACGCCUCGGUCGCGGCUGAUGGAUUCGACGCGCGCCAUCGUCCGCCUGUGGCGCCAGUUCGCCCCCGCCAGCAGCGAGGCGCAGGGAGGCGAUGGCGUGAUCGCGGCAGACAGGGUGAAGGAGGUCCUGGGGGGGCAGCUGCAGAACAAGGUGAGCGCCCUGAACGGGCACUCGGUGGAUGAGGUCGUCCAGAUUUACAUGCAGCCGGACUCCACGGGGGUGGUGGGCUUCCUGCAGUUCUGGCGCGGCAUGGAGGAGAUCCUCCGGGCCUGCGGUACGCAGCGGAGCCUGUUGUCGCCCGCCCAGGAGGACGCGCUCGCCGGCUUCCGGCGCAUCCGCCAGUGCGUCCUCGACUGGGGCGCCAAGGAGGGCGUCCCGACCGAGCAGUGCACCAUACAGGUGGAGGACCUUCGGUACUUCAUCGAGCGGUCCAUGGGCGAGCUGGGCCCCGACGGGCAGCACUUCUGGAGGACGCGAGCGGAGGGGCUGCCCGUCGACGAGGCGGUUUCAGGCGAGGAGGUGGCCGCGGCGCUGCUGGUGUGGCUGGAGCACCUCCUGGACGAGGACGACCUCGAGGCCACGAACCUCGACCGGACGGACAUGCAGUCUGGACGCUCGCGCUCGUCGGGCUCCUCGAGCGUGGACGAGCCUCAGUUUUUCGAGGACGACGCCAUCUCGCCAGUGCGCUCGUCGGCCAGGACGGCUGCGCCAGGGCUGCCGCCACGGUCUCCAGACGAUAGUCAUUCCUUGCUCUUCAGCGCCAGGACCGGCACGGCGCAGACCCCGCUGACCGCCGCGUUCGCCGUGGGCGAGGGCGUGCGCAUGGAGCAGCAGCCACCAGCCACGCCCCUGGGCCCCCCGCCGAGGCGCAGCGUGCAGGCGCCCCUCCGGAACAGCCUCGGCGUGGACCUCCGCGCCGACUCGGCUGCGGGCCGCGCCAGCUUGGAGAGUCGGCGGCCCAGCAGCGGGGGCGUCGGCGACCUCGCGCGCCGGCGAGCGGGCACCACGCCGCUCGAGGCGGCGCUCGCCGCGAUCGUCGGCCGCGACGACCGCCGCCCGGCGUCGCCGACGAAGGCACAGGCAGCGGAGUGGCGCGAGGCGAUCGAGUUCCAGGCGGGGGCUUCGCGGCCGCCGCCCCACCCGCGCGAGCGCCAGAGCCUACCCUGCCGCACCUGUUGCACUCGCGGCGAGCUGCCCGGCAUGCGAUCGCCCAGCAGGGGCCUCGGCGAUGCCAAUCUCGCGUUGGGAUCUUGA